UCCCAUUCUAGAGGAAACUGAUUCCCUGACCCUGACGCUGCCGAUAGAACCGAACAUGUAGGUUUAGGAAAUGUCAAGGUUAUAUUAGAUGUCUGCACCUUGGGAUUGGUAUCUUGAUUCUUUCUGCUUUUUUUCUCUCUCCCCCUCCCUUUUUCUAUCUCGUUUUUUUUUAACAGUUCCUAAUAAUUGCAGGCAUAAGAGCACUCUUCUUCCAUACCAUAUCUUCUACAUAUUAUAUAUCUUUACUCUUACCAUAUCUGUCUAACUGUUGAUCUAAUGGAGCCAAGGGAGAAGGAGUUCAAAAGAAAUCAAGAUAUGAUUGAUUGGCUAACUUCAAAACUAAGUGGGAAGUAUUUCGUGAGAAACAGUCUAAUAACAGGUCAUUCUAGGGGGCUCUAUUGCCGCAGGAAAACAAAGGGGCAAGAGGCAGGAUAUCGGCAAGAAGGCAAGGCAAUCGCCUAUCA